AUGCAACUGGUGGCUGCGGCCUCCAAGCUACUGGAUGUUAAACCAGAGGUGGUGUUGAGACAAUUUGGGGAAUAUUUUUUUGACUUUUGUAAACGAUCUGGAUACGACCACAUGUUACGGACUCUGGGAGGGAACCUGUUCGAGUUUAUCGAGAAUCUGGAUGCACUGCACAGCUACCUCGCCCUUUCUUACAAGGAGAUGAACGCGCCGUCAUUUCGAGCGGAGAGGAACGGUGACGGCACGAUGUUUCUUCACUAUUACUCCGACCGCCGAGGCCUAUGCCAAAUUGUACCCGGUAUCAUUGAAGCUGUAGCAAAGGACUUCUUCAACAGCGAGAUAACGAUGGAAAUCGUCAACCAAAUAGAGGAAGUAGAGAGGACAGGAAAGAAGGAGCAUGUAGUAUUCCUCGUCACUCAGAAACCGACAUUUUCCAGGCGCAACGCAAUGCACUGGAACCCAAACAAGGAGCAACCCAACACAGACAACUUUCCAAAUGGUUUAAAAGUUAACCUUUUUAUGCAAUUUAACCAUAACACGAAUUUCCUCCAAUGUGUCCCUCGCCCCAUCUAUCAGGACAUACAGAAAUCACUGCAGAGGAAACUCCAAUCUCAGGGAUUUUCCAUGUGUAGGAACCACUGGGAGACUGUGAGGGGGUUGGUCCAGCUUGGGAAGGGCAAACUCUUGAGAGGAUUUGAGCCAGUCUACCCGAAGAACCUUUGCAUCGACCUGAAGACAUUUUGCAAUGCCUUUCCCUUCCAUAUAGUGUUUGACAAGGAGCUGAUGGUGAGACAGGCGGGGGUGAACAUCCAGAAGAUCGUCCCCGGGCUGCAGACCAUGAGCAUUCACCUGGACCAGUACUUCAGUAUCGUCCACCCCGAGGUCACCUUCACCAUCUCCAGCAUCAGGAAGUUCAUCAACAGCCACUUUGUCCUGCAGACGCGACGGGACAUGAUGCCCGAGGCCUGGAGGGAUAGACCCAUGCUGGAGCUCAGAGGUCAGAUGUUGUGGAUGGAGUCUCUGCAGUGCAUGCUGUACCAGGCCUCCCCUUUGCUGCGGAGCCUCCACGAGCUGGAGGAGCGGAGCAUGCACAUCUCUGACAUCGCCCCUCACGACGUCACGCGGGACCUCAUCCUGCUCAACCAGCAGCGGCUGGCCGAGAUGGAGCUCUCCAACCAGCUGGAGAGGAAGAAGGAGGAGCUCCGACACCUGUCCCAGCAUCUGGAGGAGGAGAGGACCAAGACGGAGAACCUGCUGUACGCCAUGCUGCCCAAACAUGUGGCCAACCAGCUGAAGGAGGGGAAGAGAGUGGAAGCAGGAGAGUUCAAGGAGUGCACCAUCCUCUUCAGUGAUGUGGUCACCUUCACCAACAUCUGCUCGGAGUGUGAGCCCAUCCAGAUCGUCAACAUGCUCAACUCCAUGUACCUCAAGUUCGACCGGCUCACCACAGUACACACAGUUUAUAAGGUGGAGACCAUAGGUGAUGCCUACAUGGUGGUAGGUGGCGUGCCCAUCCCAGUGUCCAGCCAUGCUGAGAGGGUGGCCAACUUUGCCCUGGGCAUGAUCAUAGCAGCUAGGGAGGUCAUCAACCCCAUCACAGGGGGGCCUAUCCAGAUCCGGGUGGGUGUACACAGCGGGCCGGUUCUAGCUGGUGUGGUGGGGGAGAAGAUGCCUCGGUACUGCCUGUUCGGAGACACAGUAAACACGGCGUCUCGCAUGGAGAGCCACGGCCUCCCCAACAAGAUCCACCUCAGCCCCAGUGUUUACCUGUAA